CGGGGCCGGUCGCGCGCGAGGCGCCAUGGCGGACCGGGGCGGCGGCGGCUUCAGGAAGGAGACCGCGGACCGGCUGCUCCGCCUCCACUUCCGCGACGGGAGGACGCGAGUUCAGGGCGACGCGCAGCUGCUGAUGGCGGAGAUGCUGAACGUCUUCGUCCGAGAACCAGCCCCUGAGCCCGGCUCGGCACACCCGGGACCAGCUCCGAGACCCCCCUCACUCCUUCCUUACGCCUGUACUGCAGAAGCAGCGGCACGAGCGGCACGGCAAGCUCAGGCCGAGGACCUGCAGAAAGUGGAUAUUGAGCACCUGGAGAAGGUGCUGCCACAGCUGCUUCUAGAUUUCUAGAGGCCUCAUGAAGCACAUGUGGCUGGCCAGCCGAAGAUCCUGACUGGGCAGUGAACAUCUGCUGCAUCCUCACAGUCUAGCUCUAGGAAGAACAGUCUCAACUUUUAUUUCUCUGUCGUUUUUCUUCUGCUUCCUCUCUCCUUUACCAAGCAUGACAAAGCCCUAGGCAACUGUGCUGUCAGAUGCUGUUUUUGAAAAGAGGCUGCCACAUGCUUUUUUUGGUCAGUUACGUGUGUAACUGGUUUCCAUCUUGCAACCUCACUCCUUUAACAGUAGCCUGUACUUCACAGCAUGGUAAGAUGCAGUUGCUUUCCCAGCUAAUGUGAGAAACAGGUGCUGCUUCACAGAGAUGCAUGGAAAGACUUAAUGGCUGGAAAUGUCCAAACUUCAGGCUCUCAUCACCUCAGCAGGCAGCUUUGGCAGAAACUUUAGGUCUAGAUCCAAGCCUGUCUAAUGAAUAGGUUGUUAACAGGAGCUCAGUCACAGGCUCUUGCCAAAAAGCAGGUAACUGAUCUUUAUUUUAUAAAUAAACAGUGUCUGUCCCUCACUACCUUCCAGUAUUUCUUCAGGGUUGUGACAUCAAAGAAUGCUUGGAACCUUUUAACCAUUUGAUAUUCUCCUCAGAAGCUGCUUCCCCUCUGCUAUAAAUUUGUUCUCACGAAGAAACAUCAAUAAAUUAAAACCGAGUCUCCC